CAAAAAGGUUCUAAAGCUCAAAUAUCCUCAGACCUUUCGUCAGCUGAUGAUGAUAUUCAAACCAGAAAGGAGCGUAAAAGAAAAUAGUCACCAAGUUUGUCACCUGACCUACCAAAAAAAAACCAUCACACACCAUCACAAGUCCACCAUUAUGGGAUUCAUCUGAUUCUAAUGGUGAAAUAGUAUAUAGUCAGCUUAUUAUAGAUGAAAAUAAAGGCCAAACAAAAAGUAACUCAGCUAAUAUUACUACACCAAUAACUAAAAAACCAAUGAUAAAACGAAAUUUGUUUGAUUACUUCUCUGAACCCAACACAAAAAAGAAGAUCGCAUUAAAUAGUGAUGAUGACUCUGCAGAUAUUACUGAUAUUGAUUAUACAAACAAAAACACGUUUGAGAAUCAACUACAUGAUUAUGGCCCAAGCUGUAUUUCAUCACAUUCUGAACCAUCACGAAAGUUGGCUUUUUUUUCUCAAAGUAAUGAAAGUAAAGUAGAGAACAAAUCAGCAUCAAGUUAUAAAAAUAGUACUAAUUAUAUUAGUGCAACUUCAUCAACAUCAAACAUAAAUAAUAAUACAAUUGAACGUGAUGAUUCUAACUGCUACAAUUAUGCUAAACAAUCAUUAAGAAUAUGUACCAAUCUCAAGUAUGAUAUUAAACGUCUUCAUGAUGGUCAAGACUAUCUGAAAAUGAUGGUAGAUAAAAUAUUUAGUCAACUAAAUAAUCAAACUAAUUCAAGUAGUGACAGUCAUUCCUUACAUCAUUAUGAUGUACCACAUAUAACAAAUGAGAAUGAUUUAAAUGAUUGGGAAGAUACUAUAAAAGACUCGUCAUAUUUGUCAACAAUUGCUCAACAACUUUCACUUAUGGGUGGCCAUAGUGUUUCAGAAACCGUAAGAAAGUUAAUGCAAAGAUUGUUUUCUGAUACAUUUUUAGUUGACUACUCCUUCAUUGGUUUUAAAGGAAAAAAACCUUUUCUAAUCUAAGGAGCUGCGAUCUUAUUAAGUUGGCAGUGAGAAAAGUUCCCUUAUUUCAGAAUGCUUCCGACAAUGAAAUCGAGAAGCCUUUGAAAUCAUUUAUGGCACAAGCAUCUGCUAGAUUAAAAUUAAAAUCAAUAAAAAC